AUUGUUUAUUUCUGAGGUUACGCGUGUGCCCAGAUAGGAAGUAACUUUGGUUGUUUAUGAACUACGGACUCAGAUAUUACAAUUCAGAUGGCUACCAAAACAUGUUUGUUACGUGGUACAUGUGAUUUUAGAAAAUGGCAAAUCAAGAUUCCUUACAAGAUUAUUCAGAAGCUAUAAAAAGACUAAGAAGACAAUGCAUACAUUCGGGCAUGAGCGAAGAAGAAUUCCGGAAAAUGUAUUUUGAAUCUUUGAAUUCUCUAGAUACAUUAGAAGUACCCAGAAAUCAGAACCAUAGACGACUAAACACGAAGCAUCGAGUGUUACUCCUUGGGAUUGUUAUUACUGUGUGUUGUAUGUACAAUUUUAAAACUAUUUACAGUUGUUUAGUGUGUAACCUACAAGACUAUGUUUACCCUGGGUUACGUGUGUUAAGAAAGUUAUCUAUUCCGUUUAUAUCACUAUUUCCUUCACUGACUGGUAUCUUUUUUCCAGAUUUGUAUCAUGAAUCUUGUCUUAUACAAAAUCCUUUCUUCACAAUUGUCGACAUGGAUUGCUGGCCUUGCAGUACUGUAAAUAAUGUGAGACAAAUCUAUGAUCCUAAACCAGUUAACCAACAACACACAGGUCCUUUUAUUUAUGAGACUGAACAGCAAGUGAUAGAUCUUGAAACACUAAGAGACCUAUAUUUAAAAAAUAAAGCUAUAUUUGAUAAAGAAUCUCCUAAAAUUCUGGUAAAUAACAAAUACUAUGUACAACCACAGGAAAUAUUCCAGAAAGAACAUAAGGAGGAUAGGAAUACUUAUGUUUGGAGAUUUAACAAUAUGAAUAUGGCACGGUUGCUUCGGCAAGUAAUACUCAGACCAAAAGUUGUGCCCAAAUUUGGACAAAGCACUGAACGGUUCCUCAUUAUGGUUUCAAAUCAAGAAUCAUUCCAGAUACCAGACACUGAAUGCAACUUCUCAUUUCUGUUAUCACUGAGUGGUACAGCAGUGGUCAAUUUGAUACCAGCUGAAGAGUGCAAACAUCAGUGCAAAUCUUUAAAAGUUGAAGUAAAAGAAACUUAUUUAUUGUGGUACAACUGGUGGUACUGGAGACCUGUGAUACAACCCUCAAAUGUUAAUUCUACCCUAAUAGCACAUGUUGGGUCCUAUUGUUAAUAAUGAGAAGACAAAACACUAGAAUGGAAUGUAUAAACAACAAUUUAUUAACAUAAAAUCAAUUCACUCUAAAUAAAUUAGCUAAAACCCAAGAA